UUGAGAGUGUUGUUGACUAAGGUCUUAAUGACUGUUUAUUGAAUUCAGAGAGCGAUAUUUCCAUCAAAUGAAGCUACAAUACGACUGAUCUGUGUUUACAUAUAUAAGGACUUAAAAUCGACAGAUUCUUCAUCACCAUGCUAAAUCCGUUUCAUAUCUUAAAGCAAUUUGGAAAUGGGGGGAAGUCUCAAGAUGCAACUGACCUUCUCUCAGAGGAUCUGGUUUUGGUGGAACAGCGUGUGGAGCCAGCCAGAAGAGCUGCCCAGAUCAUCCAUAAGAAGUUGGUUGGCUGCCUGCAGAGUCAGCAGGGACUGGACUCAGAGAGACGGAUGAAAAAGUUACCCCUCAUGAUGCUGUCUGUCAGUAUGGCAGAGAGUUUUAAAGAUUUUGAUGGUGAAUCUUCUAUUAGAAAAGUUCUGGAAAUGUGCUGCUUCAUGCAGAAUUUUCUGGCGCGGACUUUGGCUGACUUUGAGAUGAAGUUGGAGAAAGAAGUUCUAGUGCCUCUUAAUAAGCUCAGUGAGGAAGACCUCCCAGAGAUCUUGAAAAACAAGAAACAGUUUGCUAAACUUACAACAGACUGGAAUAAUGCUCGCACAAGAUCUCAAACCAGCACAGGUCCACAGACCAAGCAGGAUGGCCUAAGAGAAGAUUUAGAGGAGGCCUGGAGAAGACUUGAGUCUAUCAAGGAUCAGUACUCUGCAGACCUCUAUCAUUUUGCCACUAAAGAGGAUGAGUAUGCCAGCUACUUCAUUCGUCUACUAGAUGUCCAAGCUGAAUAUCACAAGGCCUCAUAUGAAUUCCUGGAGAAAAAUAUAACUGAGCUCAAAGAGAGCCACAGCAACACAGAACUCCAAGUGACUACAUCACAAAAUAAGGUAUUUGGAGAGCCUCUGCUCUCUCACCUUCAGAGAUGUGGGCGAAAGAUUGCUGUACCCAUUGAGGAGUGUGUAAGCAUGCUGUUACGUACAGGACUCAGAGAAGAGGGGUUGUUCAGGCUAGCAGCAGCUGCGUCUGUUGUGAAAAAACUGAAGAGCUGUCUGGAUUCGGGGGCAGUCGACCAAAAUGAUUUCAGCUCUGAACCUCAUGCUGUGGCAGGAGUGCUUAAGUGUUACUUGAGAGAGUUGCCUGAACCUCUCAUGACAUUUGAACUAUACAAUGACUGGUUCAAAGCUGCAGGAGAAAAAGAGACAGAUGAAAAACUGAAACAGCUGCGGGUGGCGUUGCAAAAACUUCCCACAGAUAACUACAAUAACCUUAGGUACCUUGUGCAAUUUAUGUCACACUUGUCAGAGCAGCAAGCGGUGAAUAAGAUGACACCCAGUAACAUUGCCAUAGUACUUGGGCCUAAUCUACUGUGGCCUCGUUGUGAGGGAGAGACUUCCUUGCUGGACAUGGCAUCUGCUUCUUCAGUACAAGUUGUUACUAUCAUAGAACCACUUAUACAGUAUUCCAAAAGCCUCUUCCCUGAAGAAACGGAUUUUGAGAUGCCAGAGCCACCUGCAAGCCCAGAUUUGAAAGAUGUGAUCUCAACAGUAUCCCAGAGAUCUCUUUCUGACAGCGUCUUUCCAUCUUCCCUCUCUGGCCGACCAUCCCUCUCAAAAACUGACAGCUCAGGAUCAUCUGAUGACAUUGGGGUGACACUGGCUGUUAAAACUGCCCAGGUGAACCGUGACGUUAUUGUGUGGGACAACAAUGAUUCUGAUCCAAUUGCUCUCCCACCUACUCAGAAUCACAUCCCCACUCCUCUUCCCCGUUACACUCCUGUUUACGCCCAGUCACAGAGCCAAAACCAGGCUAAGACACUGUGCUCCAGCCAACCAGAGCAUCAGGAGUGUGCUUCUCAGUCCCAGGAGCCCAUACUGAAGAUCACUGGUCCUUAUAAACCAAGGAGGUCCUUCAUUCAGCACAUGUCACCAAACCUCAGCAAAGGCCCUCCUGUGAGCCAGGCAGGAGCUUUCCCUGUUCCCCUGCCUAGAGUCUCUGAGACACAUCUACUACCUUCACCCAAGCCUGAAACCACCCAAGGUCCGCUGCCACCAUUGCCUGAAGGUGGACCACCAAAGAAAACGCAAGGCAGAAGACCCAAAAUCCCUCCUCCCCAACCACCCCAAGCACUGAACAAGCAGCUCUCCUCAGCUCAGUGAGUCUUGGAA